CAAAAACAAAAAAAUCUCAGAACUCUCGACUCUCGUCAUAAAUCCCAAGUUCUCAACUCUUAUCACUGUAACCUAAUCGCCCAAACUCAUAAAACUUAUCGUAGGCGCAAACUUUACCGACAGCGUACCGCCCUCUCCGUGCGCCCUCCGCCCUCCACCGUGCGCCCUCCGCCCUCGCUCGUGGCCUGUGGGUCUUCACCGAUUUCACGAUUUGUAGGCUUUUGAUUUUUUUUAUUUGUAUCUCUUUUACGUCCCAACCCAUAAAGGAAAAAAAGAGAAAAUCAAGAAGGAAGAGCAGAAUGAAGAUAGAAGAAGUACAGUCGACCACGAAGAAGCAGAGGAUAGCCACUCAUACUCAUAUUAAAGGCCUCGGCCUUGAGCUGAAUGGAAAAGCAGUACCUUUGGCUGCUGGAUUUGUGGGUCAAGCUUCUGCGAGAGAAGCUUCUGGGCUUGUGGUUGAUAUGAUUCGGCAAAAGAAGAUGGCUGGGCGUGCUUUAUUAUUCGCUGGCCCACCUGGUACUGGAAAAACUGCCCUUGCUCUUGGAAUUUCGCAAGAACUCGGCAGCAAGGUUCCAUUUUGCCCAAUGGUUGGAUCAGAAGUGUAUUCAUCGGAAGUAAAGAAGACUGAGGUUCUAAUGGAGAAUUUCCGUAGAGCUAUUGGCCUCCGUAUUAAAGAAAACAAAGAGGUUUACGAGGGAGAGGUUACGGAACUCUCCCCAGAAGAAACUGAGAGUGUGACUGGCGGAUAUGGUAAAAGUAUAAGCCAUGUCAUAAUUGGGUUGAAAACUGUGAAAGGAACCAAACAACUGAAGUUGGACCCAACAAUUUAUGAUGCUUUGAUAAAGGAAAAGGUAGCUGUUGGUGAUGUUAUAUACAUUGAAGCAAAUAGUGGAGCAGUCAAAAGGGUGGGAAGGAGUGAUGCAUUUGCUACUGAGUUUGAUCUUGAGGCAGAAGAAUAUGUACCACUUCCUAAAGGAGAGGUUCACAAAAAGAAGGAGAUUGUCCAGGAUGUUACAUUGCAUGAUCUUGAUGCUGCAAAUGCACGGCCUCAAGGAGGGCAAGAUAUACUCUCCCUCAUGGGUCAGAUGAUGAAACCCAGAAAAACUGAAAUCACCGACAAGCUUCGGCAGGAGAUAAAUAAGGUGGUGAAUCGGUACAUAGAUGAAGGCGUGGCUGAACUCGUUCCAGGCGUAUUGUUUAUCGAUGAGGUGCACAUGUUGGAUAUGGAGUGCUUUUCUUAUUUGAAUCGUGCUUUAGAAAGUUCUCUAUCUCCCAUCGUCAUUUUCGCCACGAAUCGAGGAAUUUGUAAUGUCAGAGGAACAGAUAUGACUAGCCCUCAUGGUAUACCUGUUGACUUGUUGGACCGUUUGGUUAUUAUAAGAACCGAAACAUAUGGCCCGGCUGAAAUGAUACAGAUUUUAGCUAUCCGAGCACAGGUAGAGGAACUCAACAUAGGCGAGGAAAGUCUGGCUUAUCUUGGAGAGAUUGGACAGCAAGCAUCUUUGAGGCAUGCCGUUCAGCUGUUAUCACCUGCUAGCAUAGUUGCUAAAAUGAACGGUCGUGAUAGUAUUUGCAAGGCGGAUCUUGAAGAAGUGAGUUCUCUGUAUCUUGAUGCCAAAUCAUCUGCAAAGCUUCUUCAAGAACAGCAAGAUAGAUACAUAUCAUAGACACAAAAAAUUUGGCUCGAACGAUAUUUCAGUUGAUUGAUCCCUUGAGAUGUGAACAGUCGGGUUUUAAAAUCUUUCCUUUUCCUAAAGGAUUGUGUGAUGCAACUGGCACAUUAUUAGGGUGUUGAUUAUUGUAACCUCAGACACGAUGAUGGAGACGAGAUCACCUUGGCGUUCAUGGACAAAUAUGAGCGACGUUGGAAUCGUGCACGAAUUUUGCAUGGGAUUUGUGCAUGACCUUUAGUAGUAUUGUUGUUGUUGUUGUUGUUGU